CAAGUCUCAGGCAGGACGGAACGCGUAGCCUCACGUUCCUGCGACGACGCGCAGGCCCGUUGCAACAUUUCAGAAAUUGUACAGCGUCUCUCCGAAUCCUUACUUUUCAAAAGAAGCGUAGCAACGAGAACGUGUCUAGUCCGGUGAAAAUCGACGAUAUUGGAGCUACUUGUUCAGGAUCGUAGGUUCGGGCGAACAAGUAUGGCUCUCGGCCUCCAUCCCAAAGUGUGGCUAGACAAGCUCCACGCCAUUUCGGAUCCCAGGACCCGAGACUACCCAGUAGUCUUGAAUCCAUUCUUCGUCACCCUAAUGCUCGUCGCCUACCUCUACUUUGUCAAGGUCGCCGGGCCGCGAUGGAUGAAGAACAGGGAACCCUUUCAAAUCACAAACAUCAUUCGCGUCUACAACGUCGCCAUGGUUCUCGUGAACAUCGUGGCCAUCUUCGUGAUUCUCAUUCCCACGUACCUGCCGGGAGGCACCUACAGCCUAGUGUGUCAGGGCCUGACCGGCAAAUCGCCCGAGCACCACCUUAAGUACUAUAAGUACGGCUGGAUCCUGGUCGCGUGGCGAUACGCGGAUCUCUUGGACACCGUCUUCUUCGUUCUGCGCAAGAAGUUCAAUCAGGUGACCCAACUCCACGUCAUCCACCACACCAUCGUGGUCAUCAACAUCUGGUUCUACACGCGCUUCGCACCCGAGGGCCAGCCGGCGCUCGGUCUAGCGCUAAACAUUUUCGUGCACAUCAUCAUGUACAUGUAUUACUUCCUCGCCAGCUUCGGCGCCCGCAUGCAGAAGUACCUGUGGUGGAAGAAGUACCUUACAACGAUGCAAAUCGUGCAGUUCCUCAUUAUCAUCGUGCACAUGUCCAUACCGCUCUUCGUCGAGUGCGGAUUUCCAAGGCGCGUCGUGCACAUAGCGAACGCCCAGACCUUCCUCAUCCUCUGCUUGUUUAUAAACUUUUACCUGCGGUCGUACACGCGCUACAGCAACAAAUCAACAGCUGACUCGGUGUCCUCGGCCAGUGCUAUCACCAGCGGUAACACAGUGAGUAAAGGAGAGAAAAAGGAAUAGUCAGAAAAAAAGUGCUUCUUCGCUUCAACCUAAGCAGCCGUACAGUGACUUUUGAAAUACGACUCUGCAAUAUUUGGUUGUUCCCAUGUUAAAAUAAAAUGAUCGGGUGCGUGU